CUCUAUCGACUUGGCCGGGGGUGUGUGUGUCCAUCAAUCUGAUAGGCCAGACAGGCCUCGAGCUCGCUAGACACGCCAGUCGGCUGCAUCCGCCAUGUCUGGCGCAAGGGAGAAUGUCUUUCCCACCCGUCAGAACCUGCAGCUCGUCAAAGGCCGUCUGAAAGGCGCUCAGACCGGCCACUCGCUACUCAAGAAGAAGGUCGACGCACUCAAGAAGCGCUUCAGGACGAUCACUAGCAAGAUAGACGAGGCAAAGCGAAAGAUGGGCAGGAUCAUGCAGCUCGCUGCCUUUUCGCUCGCAGAGGUCAACUACUCUGCUGGGGAUAUCAGCUACCAGGUACAAGAAGCGGUCUCCCAAGCGACGUUCCGGGUGGGCACGAAGCAAGAGAACGUCUCCGGUGUCGUGCUACCCAGCUUUGAAGUCAAGCGCGAUAAGAGCGAUGGCAAUGGUGACUUCAAUCUGACCGGUCUCGGACGAGGCGGCCAGCAAGUACAGAAAUGUCGAGAGAUCUACGCCAAAGCCGUCGAGACGCUCGUCGAGCUUGCCUCGCUUCAGACGGCUUUUGUCAUCCUCGACGAGGUCAUUGCGAUGACCAGCCGGCGAGUCAAUGCGCUCGAGCAUAUCCUCAUCCCCAAACUCGAGAACACCGUGUCCUACAUCAAUUCCGAGCUCGAUGAGAUGGACAGAGAAGAAUUCUACAGACUCAAAAAGGUGCAAGGCAAGAAGCAACGUGAUGCGGAAGAAGAAGAGGAGAAGAGAAAGAAGCAAGAUGCACACGAGAGCGAGCAGAGUGAGGAUAUGCUGCAGACAAAAGAUCCAGAUAUUGUCUUCUGAUCACACGAGAUCAUGUAACAUCAUGCAGUGCGCACUGUACCUUUUCAUACAACAAC